AUGGUGGUUUCCAACAGGCUUUUCCCGGAAGAUGACACUGUGUGGGAAGUGCGGCCUUUGGAAGAGGCCCGGCAGCAGGUGGCCCGUCCUUUGAGCAAUGGUCCCAUUGUGUGCCACCUGAUUACCACCAGCUGCUAUACAAGGGAAAGUCCACUGGGGGUUUUCAUCAAGGACUGGAUGCGCAUCACCGAUAUCCGAGAGGGGAAGAUGACUUUCUUCAGAAGAGUGACGUCACGGGCUUUCCCUGACCUCGCGCCCGUAGUGGCCAACACUUCCCUCCGCCAACUUUUGCCCGGCCCGCUGCCCUUCAGCGUCGAGUCGCUGCUGGAGGCGGAGCGCGGGCUGGACGCGGGGCCCACCGAGCCCCGGGAGGAGAGGCCACGGGGCACCGCGGAGCCCUGGGCCUGGUUCCCGCCGGCCGCCCGCUCGUCCUCCCCACGCGCUCCCAGCCCUCCGCCCUGCGCCCUCCGAAAGCACAGGACCAACCGCAAGCCGCGGACGCCCUUCACCACCGCGCAGCUGCUGGCGCUGGAGCGCAAGUUCCGCCAGAAGCAGUACCUGUCGGUGGCCGAGCGCGCCGAGUUCUCCAGCAGCCUGAGCCUCAGCGAGACGCAGGUCAAGAUCUGGUUCCAGAACCGCCGCGCCAAGGCCAAGCGGCUGCAGGAGGCCGAGCUGGAGAAGCUGAAGCUGGCGGCCAAGCCGCUGCUGCCCUCUUUCGCCCUGGGCGCGCCCCUGCCCGGCCCCCCGGCUGCGUACGCGGGCGCAGCGGGCUCCCCGCCGCAGGCGCCAGGACUCGUCGCCGCGCCCGUCGCUGCCUACCGCAUGUAUUACCUGUCCUAG